UACGAAAAUAUAAAUACAUAUAAAUAAAUGUAUGUAAAAAGUCAUGCAAUUUAUUAAUAUUAUAGCCAGAAUUAUGUCAAUAACCAUAAGGAAUUUUACAGAACAUUUAAAAAUUAAACACAUAUCACUCGGUAGAUUUAGAGUAGAUCGAAUUGUCAAGAAAAUGAUUUAAAUGUGACGGCCAUGUGCAUUGAAUCUCCCAUUUCAAUAAGCGACUUAAUCCUAUUAGUAAUAUUAUCGAAGUUACAGGACCAAAAAUUUAGGACAUAAAACAUUAAUGCCAUUAAAAAAACAAGUUGAAUUUGUUUAUAAAAUGAACACAAUUUACUUAUACUUCAAAAUUUCAAAAUUUUAUCGCCUUCACUGCGAUCAUAACACUCAGAUAAUAUUCCUCACUAAAUGUUCUAAUGCAGGGUAUCGCGAUAGUCAAUGAAGACUGUCGAUUGUCAAAGGACUUUGAUUUUUCAACGGCUCUGGCAAGGUGUUUUUCAAUAUUGAUUGGACUUUUUCCAAAUAUUUCCUCGAUUAAUCGAUUGUUUUCUAAUCGUACGCACAGAUCCGCAAUAAUGCAUUUUAUGACGUCUUGGUAUUCAGAAAUCAUGGCUUUACAAACAUAGGAAAAAUCAAAAAAAAAUGCCACACAUUUAUAAAAAUACUUACAAGUCGUCCAUCAACCGAUGUGCAUAGAUAUCAAAGAUAGUACUCUAAAAUCGAAGAAAAAAAUGAUAUAAUGGCUCCGAAUUAUUCCCAAAAUUUAAGCGAAAAUUGAAUCUCAAAUUUUUUUUUUUUACUGGAGCAACAUUUUACGAAUCAUUAUUAAGUAAAUAAAAACACUACAGUGGACCGCAGCCCAUCAUUAAAUAUCCCACACGACCCCACAAUUAUUCAUGUUAGGACAUUUCAAAAUAAUACCUUAUUGUGACACUUGGUUGAGAACAUAGUUCAAUCCGAUCUAUUUCCUUGCGCCAAAAUAUCUCAAAAAUUGCGGUCUUUAGAUUGAACAAAGGAAUACAAGACUGUAUAUCAAACGGGCAGAGAACCUUCAAUCGAUCUAGAAAUUGAUUAUGAAAUGAUCUGAAGCGAUCCGUAUAAUAAACGAUAGGUCCAUUCUUCUGAACGCUUCUGAAUGUUGCAUACACCAGCACAAACGUAAUACAUCUUUAUACCACAAAGUAGUCUCAACUUAUAAAAGAAAAAAAAAAAGGCGGACAAAAUUUUUAUGCAACAAUUCGGAUCGGGAAUGCAAUUGCAAAUCUUGCCUAUCGACCCUUGACCGCGUACAGCAAAGAAUUUAGAUGCUUAUGGGUGAGGAAUGUCUGCCCAACUCUUUAGACACACUUGAGUAGCGGCUAUGCUCCAUGCUCCAUAGGCUUAGAUAGCUCCCUUCUAAAUGUUCUACGGAGAUUGAAGAGAAUUAUUCACUAACCAAGUUAUAUGACGGGACUGCUUGGCUUUCUUGGCGUUCUUGCACACUUUUGAUAAAGUGUGCCAUAAACCUUAUAACGUACUAUCGCGACUUCUCACUCUCUAGUCGUACUGCUCAACUUUAAAGUCAUCUACUGGCGUUUAUUAGAGUUUUUUCAUCUCAUUAGUAAACUUUCCCGCCAUUCCAAAUGUUUCCACUUUCGCUGUCAAAUGUACACAAAUGUACCCAUUCGGCCUUUCCUCCUUCCAUAAUCUACCUGCUUCCGCACCGUCACGUUACCUAUACAUGCAGUGAACAUUAACUAAAUAUAAAAGAAAGAGCAAACUGAACAACAUACUGCUUGUACUACAAAAAUGAAGCAGUAAAUUUCAGUGAAGAUACACAGUUCGAUCUGUGGGCUUUCACUCUUAUUGCGAAAUAUCCGCAAAUAAAGCUAAAAUUGUUUAAAUGCUUUUUAGAACAAAGUUUAAGUUUAUGAGCAACAAAUUAUGAGCGAAAAAAUGAGCGAAAAUAAAUAGUUGAUCAGUGACUUGACUUUUGUGAACAAAGAGAGAAACGGUUCGAAUUGGGUAACGAUGAGGGACACCUUUUUGAGAAACACUAUGCUACAAUCUAAAGCAAUAUUUAGCAAAAUCGCACCUUUCGCUUAUGUAAAACAAACAUUUCAGUUAUAUAUGACAGACAAUAGACUCCUUUUCAUUUCAAUUAUGUAACAAUUUCUAAUAAGCCGCCCUUUAAUGAAUAUAUAUAUAUAUAUAUAUAUUUGCGCACUCGUCUGGUACCCAUAUUCAUUUAAGUCUUAAUUUCUUAACAUGUUUGUGUUAUAUGUAUCACCUUUAAGUACCAAACUAAAGCAACCGUUUACUAAUCACUGCUUUGACUACUAAUAACUACUUGUACGGAUGCGUGUGGAUAUGGAUAUAGAUGUAAAUAUUACCCUUAUCUACUAAAUGUAAAUAUUACCCUUAUCUAAUCAGUUUAAAAUGCAUCAAUUUUAUACUUGCAAAGAAAGCGAACGCACACACAUACACACAUUCCAAUAAACCAUCCACAUUUUAUUACACAUUACGUAUACGUCAGGCUUUCACACAAAAUGGAAAAAAAAGCAUUAAAAGUAGUUCAAUGGAUUAGUCGAACAUAAUGAUACAAUGAUGUUUGCGGAAACGACAAUAACUGUCUAUUAUAGGGUAGCGAAACUCACGAACAACAAUCGUCAGUUCAUCAGUAGGCCAAUUAGUACUUUGUCUAGAUUAGGCGCUUAAAUGUUCGUUCGAAAUAUUUGUUAUAAGUUUUGGUUCCGUAUCUCGGCUAAAUCAUAAUUUAAUAUUUCGUACCUAACACUGGACUUCCCUUUAUAAAUAUGAACUAAAGUUGCGAAUGGUCUUCACAUUUUAGAUUAAAAGACUUGAAAUAAUUUUAAUUAAAAUAAUAUUAAGUACAAAUUACAUCGAUGUUCAUUCCUCAGUUCAUUCAUUCACACCAUAAGUUUUCUCGAGAAGAUCCUUACUUACCGUUGCUAUGACAUCUUCACUUAUGAAAAUUACUUUCCAUGGCCUUGCAUACGAUUUAAUAACUUCACGAUACCUCCUAAUUUUUCUUACACAUAAAAUGUUUUUAACAAGAGAACUUCAUCGAAGUUUCAUUUACAUCGUGUUUUUACCGCACUAUGGACGACCUUGCAGCCACUUUUCAGUUAGUUUAUUAUAUGCUCGAUUCAUCAUCAGUAGACUGCACCUCUACCGUUCCUUCUUACGUAAUCUGAUACUCUUCCACCUUACACGCUUACACUUGUACUCUUCAUUAUCAUACUAUUUGAUUAUAAAAUUUUAAUAUUUACAUUCUCUCCUACGUAUGCAUUUCUACAGUAUAUUAUGCACUAUUAUACCAGAGAUAACUAAAUAUUAAGAUGUUCGAACAAUUCGUUCAAAGUUGAGAUUAGUUGAAUCUUAGGCACUUUUUGUGUAUCUGUUUUCAAUAGCAGUGAUAACGCGAUUAAUUAGCAGCCAUUUCGCAAGUUACUCUUUCAUUUUCAUAACUUGCAAUAAUUCUGUGAAUAAUUCUUUGAUAUGGCAUCGCGGUCUCUCAAUUGUUCAAAUGUUAUUGCAAAGCAGACGCAUAUAUAAUUUCGGGUUUUUUAAGUGAAUGUGUGCAAUGGUCUACACAUACGUACAAUUGAAGAAUUAUAAAUCCAGUGUUCGCCAAUUGUUUCGUUCAAUAAAUUUCAAUGAAAAUUUUCGUACUAAGAGACAUGUAUUAAAAAGAGUUAUUACGCAGAUAUCAAACGAUGAAGACGAUUAUGUUACGACCGUUAAGCGACCAAAGUCGGCUUCGGUUUCUCGUUUCCCACCCUCCCCCGCCUCGCUAUCACCGCCGGCUUCACCGGCACCAGUACGUAUACGUUAUGCCAAAACUAAUUAUGAUUCUUGCGAUCAUACGCGCAACUCACAAACAAAUUUGGAAACAAUUGAAGCAAUCAACAUGAGUCAAGCUCUGGUACCUAGCACAUCGGUACACUUGCUUCGUAAUGAUUCCUUAAUGCCUCAAGCAACAAUACAAGUAACACACCGACCAUCAGUAUUAUUACAGGAAAUUUUAAGCAAUAAAAAUAUUUUAAAAUAUCCGCGCAAUAGUCGAGGCGGUAAUAGUACUUUGAAUGGCACAGCAGCUGGUAGUACAAUAACUAUAAAUGGACAGAGCGAUGGCGGAGCGAAAGGUUUCCACGCAAAACAAUCAAAAGAGAAAAAUCGACGUCAGGGCAAUGAUGCCGUCAGUACCGCUUUAUCUGCUACUUAUUGCAAACUUUUGGUACUAUUAGGUGUUUGUUUGCCAAUCACUGAAAUUAUAUCCGAUCAGAUACCCAUUUAUGUAUAUCAAGGCUUCUAUGUUUAUUUAUAUUCGUUAAGCAUAGCUUUCGUUAUGUUUCUAUAUAUCUCCGCUUUUCGCAAUCGCACUCUGUUUAAUGCCCUUAAACAUUAUCACGAAACAAGUAGCGGUGUUCUCUUAAAGCACAAAGUCACGCAUUUCGGUAGCUUUUAUUUAAGAGUUGGUGCGAUUGCAUUUGCCAUCGGUACUAUGGUCUACUCGGGUCUGGAAUUCGGCCAAUUCUUUGAGCUGAAUGGACAAUCUGGUUGUCACGAUUUGUUUGUGGCUGUUACACCUAUAUGUCGUAUGCUCUUAUGCAUCGUACAGAUUCAAUUCAUUUUUCUGAAUACUACCUACAUGGAUAUGGCGCGUCACAAGGUUUUCUCGCGUUUCGGCCUAAUGCAUAUGGUAGCCACAAAUCUCUGUGAAUGGUUAUAUGUGUUGGUAGAAGAAACCAAACACGAAAUCUUUCAUAUUGCCCAUCAUGAUGCCCAUGCGGAUAAGUAUGGUCACAAUGCUCCUUCGGUCCCCGUAGGUGCUAAUCUAACACUCGAUUCUGCUUCCACGUUGCAUACAAAAAGUGAAAUUCAUAGCUCGAACUUGACGGCAGCGGCAGCGGCAGUAGAGCAUAUUUUACAAAGUUUUAACACAGGGCAUAACGAUUUGCUUACGGAAAGUAAUCAUGGUUGUUCGCGUACUACUAUUAUGGGGGCUUUAGUACAAAAGCUGUCGCCAUUUCUGUUUCCCUGUACUAUCGAAUAUUCAUUGAUUUGUGCCGUUAUUUUGUAUGAAAUGUGGAAAACAGUUAAAUCCAUACCUGAUAUAGAUCGUUCGCGAAAAAAUUCUAUUAAGCCAGUACAUCAGAAGCCAGCCCAUCAUUUUUCGGUCGACUGUUCCCAGUCGCACAAAGGUCUAUUCUUUGGUAUAUUAAUCAUAGUAAUGACUAUUAUUGCAAUGAUUAUGUAUUUUGUCUUAUAUACACAACCCGGUUACGAGUUGGUAGCCGCACAAGAAGUAACUUUAUGGGAAACAAUCAUGUAUCUAUUGUGUGCUGGUGCCGUCAUAACAGGCAUGUUCAUAAUGCGCGAUCUGAGAUAUGUUAAGGGCACAUCAGAUGAGCAUCAAUCUAUGGAAUUAGAUAAUUUAUUAUUGGUAGUGGCACAAACAGGUGUUUAUCUUUAUGCAUUAUUCAGUAUAUUUGGCAGUUACUUUUCUAAAUCGCACGAAGUACCCGAUCGUAUUGAAGGCAUUGUGGCUGAAGUGUUCGAUCUUCUCUCAACCUCUUUGCAGACUUUAUUUAUUUUACAUGCAAGCCAUCGUCGCUGCAAAGGAUCAAAACAAAUACGCCGCAAGCCGGGUCGCGAAAUUAUUACAUUCUUACUGAUUGCGAACAUAGCCAUAUGGCUAAUGAAUACAUUAAUAAAGGGACGCGCCGUUUUCCGUGAAACUCAUAUGGACUUUUUUGGUAUCUGGGCUUGGACUAUUAUAACGCACGUUUCAAUGCCGUUGGCAAUAUUUUAUAGAUUCCAUUCAACAAUUUGCUUAUUUGAAGUAUGGAAGAUAACCUACAAAGCCAAAGCGCAUUAAGGAAAGUAAUCAA